AUGACGGUGCGAGGAUACAUCGCGGUGGGCGACGACAUUCUUCAGAUCAAAAACGUCCUCAACGGACCUCAGAGGAGCUUCAUCCCGGUCACAGGGGGAUCCAUCAAGGGCGUGGGUCCAGCGGAAGGGCUUGAGGCAGAGAUCAGUCCGGCGUCGUCGGAUGGUGUCCUGACAAACCCUGCGUUCUGGCUGCUUAUCGGGUCGGGGUUGACACUAGUAUCUCAGAUGAAUCCCUCCACCAAUACGGCGCAUCUCAAUGUCCGGCUUGCGGCGCGCUCAUCGGCCGGAGCAGCCAUCUUUGUCCAAUACCAGGGCAUAUUGAAAGUCGACAAAGCUGGGGGCAAAGUCCUUUCUGGUGCACCAGAUGCCAAAUCCACAGAGUAUGGCGAGCAGGAAUGGUUCAUUUCACCGCUCAUUGAGACAAGCGACGAACGGUUGAAGUGGAUGGAGGAAUCGGUGUGGGUUGGACAGGGACACUGGAUUGUUGAUGGGAAAGGAAGUGCGGUCGAAUACCAGGUGUAUAGGCUAGCAAAUUGA